CUGGGAGUCAAAACAAAAAUCUUCUGGAAAGUCCUUCUGAUUUUGAAUAGCCUGCUAACUAGCUAAAACACGACAGUUUGAAACUUUCCCCCAAACUUUAUCAAAACUUCGGGUACAUAAUCAUUAUGGAGGCCUUUCUAAGGCUCCAAUGCUGCUAUAACUUGUUAUGGACUGUUUUUUUGUCUUAACCGUUGGGAGGGGGGAAAACGCAGUUUAGUGAGAAAAGUUAGCUUAGCAUCGGAAGCUCCAACCAACACAAACACAAAAGCCCAGCCUCCUCUGAUCCUUUUUGGACGGCAGAAGCUGAACUCUACUCCCCGCUGUCCAAUCUAGAAUCACAUCAAAAUGUCCAUCCUGGGGUUGAAGAAGAAACAGCCAAAGACUUUCAAAGUUAAAGUCAUCACUAUGGAUGCUGAGAUGGAGUUCAGCUGUGAGGUCAAAUGGAAGGGUAAAGACCUGUUUGACCUGGUGUGUCGCACAGUUGGUUUGAGGGAGACCUGGUUCUUCGGACUCCGGUACACGGUGAAGGACACCUACGCCUGGCUCAAACCUGAGAAACGGGUUCUGGACCAGGAGGUUCCUAAGGACUCCCCCAUAACGUUCCACUUUUUAGCGAAAUUCUUCCCUGAAAAAGUGGAAGAGGAACUGGUCCAAGAAAUUACACAACACCUGUUUUUCUUACAGGUAAAGAAACAGAUAUUAGAUGAAGAGAUUUUCUGUUCUCCUGAAGCCUCAGUCCUUUUGGCAUCGUAUGCUGUCCAGGCAAAGUAUGGAGACUAUGACCCAAACUUUCACAAGCCCGGCUUUCUUGCACAAGAUGAACUGUUGCCAAAAAGGGUUCUAAUGCAGUACCAAAUGACAGCAGACAUGUGGGAGGAGAAGAUCACAGCUUGGUACGCCGAACACAGAGGAAUCGCCAGAGAUGAAGCUGAGAUGGAAUACCUAAAGAUUGCUCAGGACCUAGAAAUGUACGGUGUUAGCUACUUUGCCAUUACUCAAAAUAAGAGGGACACAGACCUUUUACUGGGUGUCGACGCUCAGGGUCUUCAUAUCUAUAACCCCAACAACAAACUCAACCCAAAUAAGUCCUUCCCAUGGAGCGGGAUCCGGAAUAUCUCCUAUAGUGAAAAGGAGUUCACAAUUAAACCGCUGGAUAAGAAGAAAGAUGUUUUCAAGUUCUACUCAUCACAGCUGCGUGUGAACAAACUGAUCCUGCAGCUGUGCAUCGGGAACCAUGAUCUGUUCAUGAGGAGGAGGAAAGUUGACUCAAUCGAAGUGCAGCAGAUGAAGGCUCAAGCUAAAGAGGAGAAGGCCCGCAAGAAGAUGGAGCGUCAGAUCCUGGCACGGGAAAAACAGAUGAGAGAGGAAGCAGAACGGGCAAAAGAGGAGAUGGAGCGAAGACUUUUCCAACUGCAGGAUGAGGCGCGACUUGCCAAUGAGGCUCUGCUUCGAUCGGAGGAGACGGCAGACCUGCUGGCGGAGAAGGCUCAGAUCGCUGAGGAGGAGGCCAAGCUUUUGGCUCACAAAGCUGCAGAAGCUGAGCAGGAACGGCAGAGAUUAGAGGUCACAGCCAUGAAGACCAAGGAGGAGAAACGGUUGAUGGAGCAGAAGAUGAGGGAGGCAGAGCAGCUGGCUGUAAAGCUGGUGGAGCAGUCGGAGAGGAGGUUGAAAGAAGCAGAUCACCUAAAGCAGGACCUGACGGAAGCCAAGGAUGCUGAACGAAGAGCCAAGCAGAAACUCCUGGAGAUUACCAAAACAACAUACCCUCUCAUAGCAGCCUAUUCUACUCCCCCUGCUCCUCCUGAGCCGGCCGACUUCAGCUAUGAUUCAGCAUCGUCACGCCUCGACUUCAAGGACUCGGACAUGAAGAGGCUGUCCAUGGAGAUUGAGAGAGAGAGGCUGGAGUACAUGGAGAAGAGCAAGCACCUGCAGGACCAGCUGAAGGAGCUGAAGUCGGAGAUCGAGUCUCUGAAGCUGGAGGAGCAACAGCAGCAGCAACAGGCCAGCAUGUACAGCCUCCCCAGUGAGGCGAGAGGAUACGUCCAAGAACCUGUAUACUUACCUCACAGCAACCGGAACUCUGCAUACAUGUCUCAGAUGGCCUUCUUUGAAGAAGUGUGAUCGCUGUCUCUUCAGAAGAGAAAACAAGGGCAUAUGGAGCCAUGAAUUUUGCCUUUUUUUUUUGUUACAUUUUACCCGACUGAGUACAGCAACACACUGAGACCUGCCAUGAUUUUUCUUGCCUUUGGAAAGACUGAGAAUCUGUCCUCCACAAACACUCCUUACUAUGCUGCAGCAACAAAGAACAAAACAGUGUGACAGAUUGAUCCAGGAUGUGGUGCUGAAGAGCAAUGGAUAGACAGACGUUUCUUUGUGCUUUGCAACAGCUUUAGAGGAUCAAAUGUUGAAAGAUAAGCCUUAACAUUAUGUCGAUUUUCCUGAAAUCUACGUGCCUGAUUAGGGUUGCAACUAGCAGCUCAGAUCUAACAAGAAAGUGUGAAAGAGCAUCUAGGGGCUCACUUAUGGUGUACGGAACCAUGACCGUAACCCAACCUCUGAUUGGACAGUUGGGUCUCGAUGGACGAGGUUUGCUUCUGAAUCUCAACAGAUAUCUAUGCAGUUUUGAGGCAUUGUGUGCACUUCAGUGUCCCAUAUGAGCGCACUGCUGUUAAAAGGGGAUGCUUUAGAAGUAUAGAGUUGGUAUUUUUACAGUUUUUGCUAGAUUAGAUACUUUCAGAAGCCACAUAAAUUUCAUAAACUGUUCCCUUUUUAGAUUGGAAAGAUCGUGCAACAAACAUCUUUAACAAUAGAAACAGCAAUACUGUCGGGUUUCCAGGUUUUUGCUGUAGGAUUUUCUGUAAUCCACAAAGGGCCAAAUAUAUACAGUCAUUAACACAUUUUUGGAAAAAUUUUACUUGUUGCAGAGAAAGCACACUUUAUGUAGGCAUUAGCAUGUUUUUUUUUUACAAGUCUGACUGGAUAUUAAACCUAUUUUUGGUAGAUUUCUUUGGAUUUGGUUGAUUUGGAGUCAAAGCUUAAUACAGCUAGGGUCACGUCCAUCCUAAAACUACAUUAGACUGGACCACCAACAGAAAAAGAGCCUCUCUGCAUGAUACCGCCACCACUGUCUUAGAUUUUUUGUUCACUGGAACUCUCUAAACAUCCUUGUUAGAGUUUUUUGGGUUUUAACAUUGAGGAUUUUUGGCCUGUUCCCAAACCGAUAUCUUUUUGUCUGAUGGUUGAAGCAAGGGACACAGUUGGGUCUUCCAACAACACAAAAAUAUUGAAUACAUAAAAACUGGUAUUUGGAUGAAUAAAUGAGGUUAGCAAUAAAACCUUAGCUCUGUUUAAAAAAAUGUGGACUAUACUUUAAAGUCAGACCUGCACCAAGAAGCCAAUCACUGAACUCUGUCUGCUUAGAAGAUUGGUCAAAUAUCGAGUCAGGAUUUCAAGUGCCUAUGAUGAUUUUAUUUAUAUUUUUUUUUAUUGUGUUUAUUUUUUAAUAAAGCAAGUAACUAAGGUACAUUUUGCAGCCAAGGGUUAGGGUCUAUGUCUGUUUGUUUAAGAAUAUUGGUUUCAAGUAUUUCUUUGGAUCAGAGAAAAUCAAAAGAUUGAACCUUUUGCAGCGAUUUCUUCAUUUCAAGCAUGAUUGACAUGUUAUAUAAUCAUUAAGUCUGACCUUAAGGCGGGUGUAUUUUCACAUCUGAUCAGAACCAUCAACUAACUUCCAUACAAAUGCCAACAUUUAGUUUUUUCUCCCUUAUAGGUGUAAAAUGAUCAUAAUUUUUUGGCUCAUAUUCGCAAUGCUUCUGCCAUUUUAGAGCGUAUGAUUUACAUCCAAAUAAAAAUAAUAGCAUUUGUAUAAAACAAACAAACAUAGCUUUUGCAAGCUGAUUGGUUUAAAAAAAAAAUAGUGCAGUAUGGUGUAUAGUGAAUGUUAAACAUCCACAUUGCAGGAGUGAUAUCAGGAAGUGAUGAUGUUUAGUAGUUGAUAUCAGUGUUGGGCCUUCCUUUUUUAUUUAUAUUGCUGUUUUACCUUCUAAACUGCCUUUACUGAUGCCACCCAGGUGCCUUUUGUGUUUAUAGCAGAGCCAGGCAGUUUCAGGUGUAUGGGUUUAGAUUUUUUUUACUGCUGACAUGCCUUGAAUUUUGCCUUUUGCCACAAUUUCUGACACUAAUGCGUUACUGUGUUGUACUUUUGGAAUAAACACUGCAGAAGUGGCUGAGUGGUAUGGAUCCUGGGUUUAAUAUCUUCACAUGCAUUAGGAGACUGAUUUCCUUUUUUUUCUUCCUCAUUUUAUACAUUUCUCAAGAUGAAUGUUGAAGACAAUCACUGCUGGUAGAGCCCAACCCACAGACACACUCAGCACCCCCGGGUUAUACUGUGCAGGAUUGGGUUUAAUCUACCACUAGGAUACUGAAAUGUAGGUAGUAAAAACUGUUAUGCUAUGAAAUGUCAUAAAGUAUUUACAUUUUUAAACACUUCCCAGCUGUGGAUAAAGUGUAGUUCAAAAAUAAAAGAAAGUUUUUGACAUUUUAGGUUAUUAAUCACAUUCUGCAGGGGGGAAGGAGGAUGGAUGCAGCACAUCCAACCUCCUGCAUUUUUCUUUAUUAGGACCAGCCUGUCUAACUUAUUUAUAUAGCGAACAGUGACAAAUGAUGGUUCUUUGGAGUUGUAUUAGAGAGCAAUGCUAACCUGGGUCCUGUCUAAAUUGACUGUGUUCAGAUGUGCUUCUGCUCAAAGGUUUAUCAGAUGUAUCUGGGCUGAAAAUCCCCGUCACAUUUCUUGAAGUUUACAGUUCAAAAGAUAAAUGUGUAUUGUAUUGAUGCUUUGUUUUUGUUUUGUUUUUCUGGUUUGAAACCAUCGUUUUUUGGAGUAAUAAAAACGUUAACCUUU